GACGGGCGCGGAGACGCUUCUGGAAGUAACAUCGCGAUGGCUGCCCAAGGAGAACCCCAAGUUCAGUUCAAACUUGUUUUGGUUGGUGAUGGUGGUACUGGAAAAACUACAUUCGUGAAGCGUCAUCUGACUGGUGAAUUUGAGAAGAAGUAUGUAGCUACCUUGGGUGUUGAGGUCCAUCCUCUUGUGUUCCAUACCAACAGAGGACCUAUUAAGUUCAAUGUAUGGGAUACAGCUGGUCAGGAGAAAUUUGGUGGACUGAGAGAUGGCUAUUAUAUACAAGCUCAGUGUGCCAUUAUAAUGUUUGACGUAACAUCAAGAGUUACUUACAAGAAUGUGCCUAACUGGCAUAGAGAUCUGGUACGAGUGUGUGAGAACAUCCCAAUUGUGUUGUGUGGCAACAAAGUGGAUAUUAAGGACAGAAAGGUUAAGGCAAAGUCAAUUGUCUUCCACCGAAAGAAGAAUCUUCAGUACUAUGACAUUUCUGCCAAAAGUAACUACAACUUUGAAAAGCCCUUCCUCUGGCUUGCUAGAAAAUUGAUUGGAGACCCUAACUUGGAGUUUGUCGCCAUGCCUGCUCUUGCCCCGCCAGAGGUGGUCAUGGACCCAGCCUUGGCAGCACAGUACGAGCACGAUUUAGAGGUUGCUCAGACAACUGCCCUCCCGCAUGAAGAUGAUGACCUGUGAGAAAGUGAAGCUGGGGCCCAGCGUCAGAAGUCUAGUUUUAUAGGCAACUGUCCUGUGAUGUCAGUGGUGCAGCGUGUUUGCCACUUUAUUAUAUAGCUAAGCAGAACAUGUGCUUAAUCUUUGGAUGCUGAAGGAGAUGGAUGGGCUUUGGAGUGAAUGUGGCAGUUUAAAAAAAAAAAAAUACCUUCAUUUUUUGGACCUGCAUAUUUAGGUGUUUUGGAACACAGUUGUUUCCUCCUUGAGUUUCAAAUAUAAGACUGGUAUAGUCACAUGACAA